AUGAGAUUUCUUUGCCUACCGGGUGCCUAUGGCAGCGCCAAGAACUUCGAGGUCCAGCUAGCCCCCUUCUGUAAGGAGCUCUCUUCCGAUGGCAAAGUCGAGUUCUUCUUCACUCAAGGCGAGAAUCCGUGCCAACCACCGGCAGGAUUCCUCGAGUACUUUGGGCCAGCCCCUCACUACCGCUUCAUCGAAUACGAUGGAAUCGAUCAGAAUGACGUGCUGGAACGUGUGCGCGACUUCCCCGAAAGCCAGAGCCCCGAGGACGUCCUCCGGGAGCUGCUGCCGGAGGGUGACACCAAGAUUCGGGAGUCGGUCCGGGCCGCGCUCACCGCCAUCUACGCCACCAUGGAGGAACACGGGCCCUUCGACGGCAUCUGCGCCUACUCGGAAGGCACCGUCGCGGGCAGCACCCUCAUCGUGGACGAGCGUCGGCGGCUCCGGGACGAGGGCCGGCCCAGGAUGAUCAAGCGCGCGGUGUUCUUCGCCGGGUGGCCACCGCUGGAUCUGGAGAAUGACGGGAUGCUGGUGGCGGAUCUCAGCGGAGAGGUCGUGGACGUGCCGACGCUGCAUUGCAUCGGGGCGGAUGACCCGUACCUGCAGGGCGCGAUGGCGUUGUUCUAUGUUUGUGAGCAAGAUGAAGCGAUUCUGUUCGAUCAUGGGAAGGGACACACUAUCCCGAGGGAUGCGCAGACCUUGAAGGAGCUGGGGGAAGUCGUGAGGAGGAUGGGCGAGGCGAGUUUCUAG